CUUUGUUUACAUUCGAUUUGCAAUGGCAAUGUGGCCGCAGUUUAACUAAAACUGCAGAAUUUACAAGAUUUCUAGUUGUAAUUUAAUGUUAUUUAGUAGCCAUGGAACGUAUCGUCCAGUUAGAGACUGAAAUUGCCGAGUUGCGCAAGAAUUUACAUGAAAAAGAGAACGAAUUGUAUGAGCUGAAAAAAAACUGUGUUGUGCAGCCAGCCCCUCAAGAAACAUUCCAUUUUGAAAGCAACCUCCAGUACGGGCAGAGCAAUGGAGGCUGCAAUGCGGAGAUUGGAGACAAACUGCCGAGAUGGGCUAUUGAAAGGUACAGCCGUCAGAUCCUGCUCCCCUCGCUGGGGGUGGCGGGGCAGGCUCGGCUGUGCGCGGCGCGCGUGCUGGUGGUGGGCGCGGGCGGGCUCGGCUGCCCCGCCGCUUCGUACCUGGCUGGGGCUGGCGUUGGGCACAUAGGCCUGGUGGACUACGACACGGUGGACGUGACCAACAUCCACCGACAGCUGCUCCACGGCGAGGCGGACCAGGGCGCGGGAAAGGUGCACUCGGCAGCUAGGGCGAUACACAGAAUCAACUCGCACGUCACCGUAACACCCCACGAUGUGCAGCUUUCCAGCGGCAACGCUCUCGAAGUCAUCUCCAGAUACGACCUGGUGCUGGACUGUUCCGACAACGUGCCCACGCGGUACUUGCUGAAUGACGCCUGCGUUCUGUUGAAGGUACCCUUGAUAUCCGGUAGCGCUUUAAAAAUGGAGGGACAACUCACAAUAUACAAUUACAGAGCUGAGAAAAAUGACAAUGAAAAGGACGCGUCAUACUGCGGUCCGUGCUACCGCUGCCUGUUCCCCUCCCCGCCCCCGCCGGAGAUGGUGGGCAGCUGCUCGGCCAACGGCGUGUGUGGACCCGUGCCCGGGGCUAUAGGCACGCUCCAAGCUCUAGAAGCCAUCAAGCUGGUGGUCGGGUUUCCGCACGGGCAGCUGCUGGUGGGAAGAAUGUUGAUCUUCGACGGAGAGGACGCUACUUUUAGGAUCGUAAAACUCCGUCCGCGCGACCCCAACUGCGCGGCGUGCUCAGAGAACCCCAAAAUAACGCAACUGCUGGACUACGAGACGUUUUGUCGAAGCAAAGCCAAGGAAAAGGAUCUCGAUCUAAAAAUCCUGGAGCCGCAAAACCGAAUAACCGCCACUCGCCUCGCUUCAAAACUGAAGGAAAACUUGGAAACUAGCGAACAACGCCAUCUGUUGGUGGACGUGCGCAGUGAGCCCGAGUUCCACAUGUGUCGCAUAGAGGGCGCUGUCAACUAUCCCAUAGACAGCUUGGAUAAGAAGCAGGAGUUUGAUAAAUUGUUGGAGGCAAUCAGGAGUUGUACUUCUCAAGUGACCUUCAUAUGCCGUCGCGGCAACGACUCCCAGCUGGUGGCUCAGAGGGUGCUUCACGCCAUAGACAAGGAGCAGUGUGGACGCAUCACGGACUUGACCGGGGGCCUGCAUGCGUGGGCCAAGCUUGUUGAUCAAGAGUUCCCUAUUUAUUAGUUAUUAGCUGGAUUGAGUGAGGC